AUGUCCCUGCACUGUGUUCCGGGGACAGUAGGGGGCAGCACUGGGGCGAGAAAACACACUCCUACAGACGUCCCGCCCGCUCAAAACAUCCACAGAAAAAGUAAAUCCACAGAGGAUCCACAGCUGCUCAGGCAAAAUAUACAGCUGCAGUCCACAGCUACAGUCCACAGCUGCAGUCCACAGCUACAGUCCACAGCUGCAGUCCACAGCUGCAGUCCACAGCUGCAGUCCACAGCUACAGUCCACAGCUGCAGUCCACAGCUGCAGUCCACAGCUGCAGUCCACAGCUGCAGUCCACAGCUGCAGUCCACAGCUGCAGUCCACAGCUACAGUCCACAGCUGCAGUCCACAGCUACAGUCCACAAGAGUCCAGACCGCCAGAGAACCCGCAAACUCCGAGGGCGUAUGCCCCCUCCCCACCCCCCUUCCCUCACCUCCUCCCCCUCUCUCUCCCCUCCCUCACCCCACACCACUCCCCCCCUCUCCUCCUCCUCCCCCCCCCCCCUCCCCCUCCCUCACCCUCCUACCUCCCUACCCCCCCCUCCCCCUCCCUCUCCCCUCCUCCUCCCUCCCACACGACCCCCCUCGCCCCUCCCUCUCCUCCCCUCCUCCCUCCCCCUCUUUCUCCGUUUACCAUCUUGA